UGAUGAGAGUGGUGGGGGGUGGGACAUCAAGCAUGGCAGCCUUGCCACCUCGCAAAAAUGCAACCCCAACGAAAAUAAUGAAAACACACCUCUCCCCGUUGCAAACCCUCUUGCAAAUGGGGUUUCAAAAAAACAGGGCUGAAAAAGCUUUGGCAGCAACAGGUAACCGGAGUGUCCAGUUGGCUUCAGACUGGUUGCUCGCUCACGUGCAUGACCCUUUGCUCGAUGACAUCAGUCCCCGAGAGUACAUCCUGUACCUCUGUCCAACUGGUCCGCUCUUAGAAGAGCUAGAAGGCUUCUGGGAAAAAUCCCUUGCCGAGUGUGGCUGGAAUGGCGCGCACAAUUUCAUGCCUCAUAUCACCCUUGAGUCAUUCUUCAAGGUCCAUGACGAGGACGCCCCAGAAAUUAUUCAAACCCUGAAAGAUCUGAUUGAUCGACACCCUCUGUUAGAAAUAGGAGAGAAAAUGAAGCUAGAGUCAUACACAUCACAAAAUUUUAUGGGCUUCUUUGUUACUGAGGAAGCAGGAAACAAGUUGAAACGCUUAGCAAAGCAAUUUGUUCAAAAUGUGUCAAAUACUGGUGCGUGCGAACCAAGCUAUUUUGUAUGGUGUGUAAUAAAUAUCAAUAUUAUUUCAGCUGUGUUUAUUGAGCCUCAUGUGAAAUCUCUGCAUUUGACCUUGGCAUAUCAAUUUCAGUCUAAUCAGUUUGUUGGUCUGCAAGAGUUGGUCGAAGAUUUGACACCUACUUUGCCUUCUUGUUGGGAAUUGCGUCUGUACUCUCGGGAUCCUAGGAUUGCUGGUCACCAGGUUCACAAAGUGCUUUAUUCACACAUUCCGAGAGAGCCAGAUGAAUUGGAACUGAGGAUAGGGGACUACAUUUAUUUAAGUGCAGAGAAUAUUGCAACAAGUUCUGACGGAUGGGUGGAGGGAGUUUCUUGGCUCACAGGUUGCACGGGCUACUUGCCACUGAACUACACUGAAAGGACUGCUGAGUCAGACGCUUGGACUCUUCACAGAUCUAUACCACUGUAUGAUACCAAGGAAUUGGUUGAUUCUGAAAUUGAGAUUAUUGCACCCAAAAGACUGAAUCCAGCUAUCAAAAUGUCAGUAGAGCUGCUGUCAGAAAAUGAAAUAGUGCCACGUGAGGAAAAGAAGCUGUAUGAAAAUAUAGACUUCACUGGCAAACCUGCUACGGAGGUGAAAGAAAAUGGCAUUGCAACGGAAUUGGGGCCUCGUCAGAUUUACAUCUCCAGACACGGUGAGAGAGUAGACUUCACCUUUGGAACGUGGAUUCCAUACUGUUUUGACGAAUCUGGUGGUUAUCUGAGGAAAGAUUUAAACAUGCCCCUGAGUGUUCCUAAAAGGCAAACCGGCCCGCAAGGCUUUGCGAAAGACUGCCCACUGACCAGAGUCGGUGAAUUGCAAGCCUUUUUGGUUGGUGAAGCCAUGAGAGAUGCAAAAGUGCAAAUCCACCAUGUUUACUGCUCACCCUCCCUCCGUUGCAUUCAGACUUGUACUGGGAUCCUCAAAGGACUUGGAAACACUUCAUUGAAAAUCAACAUUGAGCCUGCUCUGUUUGAGUGGCUGGGAUGGUAUUCUGAAUCAACACCGAUCUGGCUGACUAGUGAGGAACUAUUGAAAGCAGGCUUUCGUAUCAACCUUGACUACAAGCCAAUGGUCUGUGGAGAAGAAUUGCUCAGCAAGGGAGAAUCUUGCGAACAGUACUACAUUAGAAGCUACUUCUUCACUGAAAAAGUGAUUAAGGACACUUCAGAGAAAGGAGGGAAUGUUCUGCUUGUGGGCCACGCAGCAACUUUGGACACAUGCUCAAGGCAGGUGAUGGGUGGCUCGCCACUGGCCGUCCAGGAAAUGCAGGGCAUGCUCAAGAAAAUCCCCUACUGCAGUACCACCAUGAUGGAGCAUGGUGAGGACAACCAGUGGCGACUGAAAGACACGCCGUUCCCACCGAUCACACACUCAAACAACAUACGAUUUGACUGGCGAAUCUUGCAAAGCAUCCAGAGUAAACAAUAGCUAACACUCCUACCCCUGUUAUAAGGGCCAACCAAAUACACAUACUGGACAACCAAACCAAACUGAUUAAAUCGGGUAUAGCAAGGCAAGCCUUCCUAGUUACAUAUUUAAUGGAUAAAGCGCGACUUUAAAAGUAUUGCGGAGCUUUACUUAAAAAUAUUUAUUGUGUGUAUUUAUAUUAUGUUAUCCACCUCAUAUGGGUAUUAUUAUUAUUUGUUAUUCAUUUCAACAAUAAAAAAUGUCACAAAAGAGCAACAAAACCAA